AUGACUGCCUUCUCCGACGUGGCCGGAUCGCUGACCAGCAGCAAGCCGAUAAUCAACCUCCUCCGCGGGUCAGCUUUGCCCUCCUCCCCUCUGCCUUCGGAUGAAUACCCCGCUGCUAAAGAGAGAAUCUGCAUCACUGGUGGUGCUUCCCAGAAUCUUGCCUGCCUCCUACAGGUGUUCACUGAUCCAGUUUAUACUCGAAACAUAUGGAUCGUGUCGCCCAGUUAUAUGCUGGCCUUUCGCAUCUUCGAUGACAGCGGCUUUGCGAAGAAACUGCGGGCUGUACCGGAAGAUGACGAAGGCAUCGAUAUCGACUUUCUCAAGAGGGAGAUCAGCAAGAGUGAGGAGAGCGCGCAGGACGAAGGGAACGACGCACCUCAAUUCAAAAAAGAUCGGCCAUGGGGCAAGAUCUACAAACACGUCAUCUACGCCGUACCCACCUUCUCCAACCCGUCUUCCAAGACCAUGAGCCUGCGAAGACGAGAAGACUUGGUUAGGGUCGCUAGAGAGUACGAUGCGCUCAUCAUCACAGAUGACGUGUACGACUUCCUUCAAUGGUCCUCGAAUCCGAACCCAUGCCAGCCAUCUCUCGAACAUGCCAUUCUGCCCCGCGUUGUCGACGUCGACAGGUAUCUUGAUGGGGGCGCUGAGAGAGAUGGAGCCGAUGGCUUCGGAAACGCGGCUUCCAAUGGCAGUUUCUCCAAGAUCUGUGGGCCUGGGUUGAGGACUGGGUGGGUUGAAGGGACGGAGAAGCUUGCGCAUGGAAUAUCGCAAACAGGCUCGAGUAGGUCGGGCGGUGCGCCCUCGCAGCUUUCGGCCACCAUUGUGGCCGAGACACUGGAGACGGGCGAACUGCAGCGUCACGUCUACGAGACGCUCCAACCCAGCUACGGGCAGCGGUACCACACCAUGAUAGCCGCCAUCCAUGAGCACCUGGUUCCACUAGGGGUACGGCUCCCACAAGCGGAUCGCGACAUGGUGGGCGGUUAUUUCAUCUGGCUGACGCUUCCUGGGUCUGUCAGAGGGCAAGUGGUAGCGCAACGUGCACGCGAGGAGGAGAAUGUGAUUGUGGCACCGGGUAACAGUAGGUCAUGUCGUCGUCGGAAUGCCUUGAGGGUGUGUUUUGCUUGGGAGGAAGAGCGGAUGCUGGCAGAGGGUAUCGAGCGGCUCGCCAGCGUCAUUCGCUCUCUCUUGGAGGAGGAGCAGCAGCAGCAGCGGGGAGACGAAUCGGCGCAACGUCGCACAGGGCACGAGGACCAGAACCAGGAAGACUUCUGGUAG